AACGCAUGCCUUAUCUAUUUACAAUCUUCAAAAUACGGACGUGUAUUACGUAAUUAAUUGUUUCUCGUCAAAUAAUUUACAACGAAAAAUGACUAACGUUGUGCGAGCGAUAUCACAAACGGGGAGCGUAGAGUUGUUGUCUACACCGAAAAGUUAUUCUGUUUGUAGGUGUGUGCAUACCUACAAACUGCCGCAGGUUAUGCGAAGAGGCUCGUAUAAGUAUGUCCUCGUAUCGUGGCGAGUCGGGCGCUUGGGACGGCGGUCCACCGGGCGCCGAGGCUGACUACGCGCCGCAGCGCGCGCCCCCGCACGCUGCGCCCUUGCCCACCACCGAUCCCUGGACUGGGGUCAGCUACAGUCAGUACGGCCCGCCUCAGUACGACUAUCAAGGCUUCGGUGCCCCUGGUUAUGGUUAUAAUUACGAUUCUACGUAUUAUCAGAGAGCUGACGGUGGCUACUAUGAUAGUUCUAGGAACGUGUAUCCCUCACAGCAGCUCGAAAACUAUGAAUACGCCCGUGACCGUUCGCGGCCUGCUCACGGAUCUCGUGAGUACGAUCGUUCACGACAAUCGUACAGAUCUAAUUCCAGGAGCGCAUCACCAUACGAGAGGAAAGAUCGAGAGUACUCUAAGAAACGGGAAAGCAGCUAUGAUGGAAGUCGGGGACGUAAAUCGAGAAGUGCCUCAAAACAGAAACACUCGAAAUAUUCUUCUAGUGACCGUUCAAGUUAUAGAUCUAGGUCAUAUUCGAGAUCACCUAAGAAAACCAAAAAAAGAAGACAAUCUGAUUCAUCACAAUCAUCACGAUCUGACAGAUCUUUUAAAACCUCUAGUAAGACAAGAGAAGAUUGUUCAAUGACACCACCAUUAAAAGGUAGAAGUAACUCUCGCAAUAGGUCUUAUGACAAUGAAGAACGGUUAAAGAGUAGAUCUUCUAGCUCUGACAAGGAAUCUAUAAGCAACAAGAGACAUGGAUACAAGAAAAGUUCAAAGUCGAAAGAUAGACGACAAAGGGAUGUUUAUACUCCACCGAGGAAAGAUUCUGAUUCUCCGAAAUCUCAAAAAAAAUCGUCAAAGUCUUCUAUCACUCAACCAAAUAAAAAAUCUGAAAGAUCUCCCCAGAGAAAAACUAAAUAUCGUAAAUCUUUAACUCCACCACGAAAACCUAAAGACUCUUCGGUCACACCACCUCGGUGUUACGCCCGAACUCGCUCAUCCUCGAGUUCAAGCUCGCGUUCUCGAUCUUUAACUCCUAAAAGUAAACGUAAACGCUCAUGCACUCCGAAAUCACGCCGAAGUAGGUCAUCUUCGUCAAGUCGAUCGUCUACAAGAUCAGAUGAUAAGAGGCGUAUAAGACGGAAACCGAAACACGGAUCGCGAAGUAAAAGUCGAUCGAGGGAUAGAUCUGUCGCUAAGGGGAGAUCGACUUCACGACAUCAUUCCAGUUCGCGAUUUAGAAAUAGGAGGUCGAGAACACCAAAGGGGUCAAAGUCACGAUCAAAAUCUCGUAGUUCUAGAUCACACAGCAGAAGUCGUAGUGUUUCUCCGAGUGAUGAUGAAUGUAGGGGACAAUUUACGGUUGCAGAUAGAAAGCGAUUUUGGAAAAUGCAUAGAAGUAGACAAGAAAAAGCAGAGAGAUCUCGAACUCCUCCGAAGGAAGUAAAGCCUCCCCCCGGAGCCAUAGAAUCUACUCGAGUUGACGAUGUUCAUUAUGGUGAUCCACCCGAAUUAGAAGGCCCUAAUUUUGCUGAACUCUUACCCACGCCUGAUCAAUUUAUGCACGCGCCUUCCACAUCCAAAUCGAAACCAAUUCCGAUACCAAUAAAGAAUGAUGGAAGUUUCCUAGAAAUGUUUAAAAAGAUGCAAGAAGAGACUAAAAAAGCCGAACCUGCAGAAGCGAAACCCAUUAUCAAAAAACCCGUCCUGCCUUUUAUAGGCAAAAGACGCGGCGGGAGAGUACUCAAGACUGGUUUAGUUAAAAAAGCUAAGGCUAUUGAUGAGCAGACCGUAGACAACACACCAAAAGAUGCGUGGUCACUUUACAUGCAGGAAGUUAAAAAGUACAGAGAGACAUCGUGUGAAGAAGAGCGAAAGACUAGACCCCUCGUCAAAUAAAUAUUUUAUUACCAACACUGCAUAUGCAUGCAGUUUAUUAAUGUUAUUAUUAUUUUUAAUUUUAUCAUAAUUUUAAUGAUAACACAUGUUUGUGAACUACUUAGUAUAUUUUAAUAUGAAGAAAGAUUUCCAAUAAAGGAUCAUGAGAAUGAUUA